UAAGCAUCAAGAAUAAUGCCCCCUGGUCCCCUAGGCCGCCGGCCGUGGCUCGCGCAGGAGGCCGCGCUGGAGCCUCGUCGCCGGAGGGAAAGCGACGUCACCCAUGAGGACCUCGGGACGGGCGGGGGAGGCGCUGUCACGGCCGCCGCUCGAAUUUCACUAAAUAUCAUGAGUGGGCCAGGACUCAGAGCGUUGGUGCUAGGAGGCUCAGGGGAGAUCGGCAGGCAGUUGGUGCAGGAACUCAUCAACAGCCCUGGCUUUUCCCAUGUCACUCUUAUUACAAGAAGGGAGUUAGAUGUUCAGAGUGAAAAAGUAGAACAAAAAUUAGUGGAUUUUGAAAAUCUUGACAACCACAUAGAUGCCUUUAAAGAUGUACAGGUUGCCUACAGCUGCUUAGGAACCACAAGAGGCAAGGCUGGUGCUAAGGGUUUUGUGCGAGUGGACAGAGACUAUGUCUACGGUGCUGCAAAGCUGUUGAAGGACAGUGGAUGCUCACACUUCCACCUGGUGUCCUCAACAGGAGCCAAUAAAAAUUCCCAUUUCCUUUAUCAAAAAACAAAAGGUGAAGUAGAGAACAUGGUUACAGAGCUUAAUUUUCCACGUCUGUCCAUCUACCGCCCAUCUCUUCUCCUUUGUGAUAGACAGGAAUCACGUCCCAUGGAGAAGAUUGCACAGAUUGUUGUCCGUGGCUUUGAUUGGCGAAACAAGAUCAGCAUUGGCACAGACACAGUUGCCAGUGCGAUGGUGGCCAACACUCUGGAGCAGCAGACGUCAGAAAAGGCAGAAGAGACUAAGGUUGAGAUCUUGGAAAAUGCAGAUAUCCUUAGACUUGGAAUUGAUUAGGAACACCUUUACAUGGCCUCAGUGUUUGCAUUUAGGGAUUUUAAUGAUUGUGUUAAAAAAAGAGAUAAAUAUGUUAGGGAUUCGUGUUUCUAAAUUUUGUACGUAGGAUGUUCCAGUCUGGAUGUCUAAUAUUUAGGAAUCACAGUAGAAAUAAUGGUUAUGUACAUGAAAGCUGUUAUUGAACCACUUAAAGUUUAAACACUGAGUUUUACAAUUCAGUCACACAGAUAUGCAGAAAUAUGCCUGAAUUUCAUUAGAGACCACAUAAUUACAGUUUUGGUUGUAGGAAUUGUUACAUUAUUGUUGCUAUUAACUUUUCUCUUUUAUGGCAGUGGUUGAAGUAUGCUUUUAUGUGUGUCAUUUUGUAUAUAAAUAAGCAUUAUAUUUAUUACUUCAGAUAUGCAUUUAACCCACUGACACUGGAAUGACAUAUACAUGCCAUCUGUGA